UUCUGACAAAACAACCCGGGCUUAAGCCCAGUAAGCCACCCCCACGCUCCGCCCCUGCUAGUAGCACCAACAGCUUCUCGUCGCAGCUGUAGCCGCUGGACUCGGAGCACACAGCAACCCAAGAUGCCUCUAGAGAGGACUACAUUGCUUCGCUGGAUCGUGAUUCCCUUAUUCAUGCGAAUAUUCAUCUUAUUGGCGGUUGCAGACCAGGAAACCAUCUCAGCUCAGUCUGGGCAGAACGUCACUCUGACAUGUCAAGCUUCAAACAACACCAUCCCAGUUGUGGAGUGGAAAAGAGCUGAUCUGGGAGAAUAUGUAAUUUCAUAUCGGGAUGAGCAGUCUGAUCCAGAGGAGCAGCAUCCAACUUUUAAGAACCGGGUGGAUCUGCAGGACAGAGAGAUGAAGGCUGGAGACGUGUCUUUGAUUCUGAAGGAUGUGACGGUUAAUGACGCUGGAACAUACGAGUGUCGUGUUGCCCAGAAAUCAGGAGAAUCAAUGGGGCUUCUCUGCAACAUCACACUUAGUGUUGUUGAUCCUCCAGGUCAGACAGGAGGAGACACAGAGGAUGGAGGGAAGGAGGCUGGAGGGAAGGAGGCAAGAGGGAUGGAGGAUGGAUCUGUUGGACUGAAAGUUGGUGUGACAGUUGGGGUUAUUGUUGUCGCUGUUGUUGGUGUUUGUUUUUUGAUCUACAGAAAACGUAAACAACAUAACCAGGGUUCAUACGAGCCUCCAGUUUAAUGUCAGCCUGUUGGAAAUGUCUCAGUGUUUUCCAGCUGAUCUGAGACUCCUGCUGUUACACAGGUGACACUGAGCACUCAGGGUAAAGCCAGUUGUGGUUUUUCAAUCAUGUAAGUGAAACAGGAGCAAACUGAAAUGUCACACAUGCCAUCAAGAAGUAGCAAAAAAGAUUUUUAUGGGUUUUAAAUGUUCUUUUAAUUUUAGUCCAGGAAACCUUUUCAGGUUUUAUGUUUAAACGUCCAUUAUAGAGUUGGUUUUUAUGGGUAAUAGAAAAAUAGUUCAGUAAGUUUAGUAUUAUAAAAGUCUAAACUGCUUACAAAACAAAUGUAAAUCAGGUUACUAACAUCAAACAUGUUCUGUUUGUACUGUGAGCUGUAGCUGCUACUUCCUACUCUCGACCUCCUGCUGAGCUAACGUCUCUUUAACUUUACUUUUAAUAUCAAACUACCUGCUGCUUGACUUUAAACAGAUAAAACACUCAUGUUUACAUCACAGAAGCUUUUAAUAUUUACUAUAUUCAGCUUUAAGCACUGCACACACUUCUUAACUUUGUUAUUGCACACUAGUUGUUUAUUUUUCUUUCUGCCUUAAUAAAAACUUUCUGACUUGUCCAAUCAGUUCGUGCAGAUUUCAGGGACUUUAUGAUCAAAAUGUUUUACUGUAAAAGUGCCUUCAGGUGGUUGUUGUUGUUGUUGUUGUUGUUGUUGUUUCCUGGUGCUUCAUGAAUAGACUCAAAUUUUCUUUUAAAUCAGCUUCAAUCAAAUAACCAUAACCUUCCACCAGGGAGCACUUUAACAUACACAGACCUGUCUGUAACCCAUUUACUGUUAGUUUUCUUAUGGUCUUCUUACUUAACCCGUAUGCUUAGACACUCGAACACAUUGCACAGUAAGAGUUUAUUGGUGCUGUUAUUUACUUUUACAUAGAAAAAUUUUCUAUUUAAAAAUAUAUUUAAAAAUUCAUCUGUAGAUAUGACUUUGUGUUAAUUUUCAGAUAUUAAAUCAUGUUCAUUGUAUCUCCCAAAGUAAAAGCUUACAGGCAAACAUCACAUUCAUCAUCAGUGAUUCAUUCCUUUCUAAACUGUAAAUGAACACAAUAAAAUACAUUUUUCUUCAUGUGGUCGUCUGCUCUGAAUCACUUUAUAAAUCUGCAUCAUGCUUUCAUUUCACUCUCAUCACUCUUACUGCAUGAAAACGUGCUGUGAGCACUUUAGUUUUGACUCUCAGCUCUACCAGCCUGAAGUCAUUUACUUCACUGAUGAACUUUCUGAAAACAGUCGUCUGUCUGCAGAUUCUCUCAGACUGGAUAAAGACAGAUGUCACAGAUGUUCACUUUAUUGCUCCUGACAGAUCAUCAGACACCAAACUGCACAGUAACUAAGACUCAUGUGUGAAAGUGUUCCUGCUGCUUUAAGUCUGUGGCUCACAUGAACUUUGUUAUCUGCUCUGAAGAGGACUGAAGUGGGUUUGGGUUCACCACAACAACUCACGUUUUCCAUCAGACAUCUUUGUGAAACCCACAGAAGCACACGAGAAGAUCAAGUGAGACCAAAGUUUAUUGAACCUGCAGAGAAACCAGAUCACUGCUGUGGAGACGACAGCACACUUAGAAAUAACAUAAAUAACAGCAAAGUUACUGAAGACAUAAAACAUGGAUUACAUCUACAUUUUAGUUACAUAACAUUUAUUAUUGUUUAUGUAUAAUUUAUGUCUUGGUCACGCUUUUAUUCAGAAAGGCCUGG